UUGCAAUUGAAUUCCUCCUAGUGAGCUAGUUUAUGAGAAACUCACAAAGAGAAAACAAAAACAAAAAGAAGAAACAACUUCACAUAUUGUAAAUUCGCAGGUUCACGAUCAAGAAUUCCUUAAACAAGAAGAAAUGAGCGGAGGUGGCGCAUCAGCUUCUUCCAAACAGAAAAUUGAAUCCUCAAAACCAUCUGAUGCUCCUUCAUUCAAGCGUAAACGAGGAGUUUUUCAGAAAGAUUUGCAGCAUAUGAUGUAUGGUUAUGGAGAUGAUCAGAAUCCACUUCCAGAGUCCGUGGCCCUUGUGGAGGACAUUGUUGUGGAGUAUGUUACUGAUCUGGUUUACAAGGCCCAAGAUGUAGCUUCAAAGAGGGGGAAGCUGUUGACAGAAGACUUUAUGUUUCUCAUUCGUAAGGACUUGCCAAAAUUGAAUCGUUGCACAGAAUUGCUUGCUAUGAACGAGGAGCUUAAACAAGCUCGAAAGGCUUUUGACAUGGACGAAGAAAAGCUGGGUACAGUAGAGUGAUGCACAGCUUUUAUAACAGAUAGAAAGCGUAGAUGAUGCUAAUGGAUAAAGACUGACAAACGGAAACAUAAUGCAAAGUACAACGCACGAGCUUACACGUUACUUGAAAGUAAUGUAGGUUACUCUUCAUUCUGCAGUGUUGUUGGAAUUCGAGAGGAUUAAUACUCCUGCUAUCUUCAAGCUUCUAGAUGUCAUACUCUAUUAGUAAUGUAGUGUGUUUUUUGAUCUCAUAAUAUGGCAGGACUUAGUGGGAGAAAAUGGAUGCAACUGGCCACAUUUUGAUUAUAAGUUUGUUUUUCAUGGUAAUUAUUUUGUUUGAAGAAAGAAAGAAGGCCCAAUAUUGAUUGGACUGCUACCUGUUUUGUGGCCUGUAUGUCAAGAGUUUGAUUUAGUUUCUUAUUGCUUCAUCGACGUUACGUUACUAUAAAUGGUCAAUCACUCAAUAUUACAUGUAACCAAGGAUGUCUUGGCCUAGUGGUUAAGAUUGAGGUGCUGUGAACGAUAGGUCACAGGUUCGAAUCCCCCAUCCCCUUCUUUGUACUUUGUAUUGCCUUUGUGGCUCAUAUGGUUAUGUAUGACUAAUUUUGAUCAGUAUUAUAAUUUAUAUAUUGGAGCAUGGGGAUGACUUCUAUUUUCAUGAUUA